AUGGUGUCUUUUGGACUUGAGCUGGUCGGCAUCAUUCUGUCAGUGCUCGGCUGGGUGCUGUGUGUGAUCAGCUGCGCCUUGCCAAUGUGGAGGGUCUCGGCCUUCAUUGGCUCCAACAUUGUCACAGCUCAGGUGUACUGGGAGGGCUUGUGGAUGAACUGCGUGUUCCAGAGCACGGGACAGAUGCAGUGUAAGGUCUACGACUCCAUGCUGGCUCUACCUCAGGACCUGCAGGCCGCCAGGGCGCUAACCAUCGUCUCCAUCAUCGUGGGGGUGGUGGCUCUCCUCAUUUCUAUGGUAGGAGCAAAGUGCACCAACUGCAUCGAGGAUGAAGGGGUUAAAGCCCGAGUGAUGGCCGCUUCAGGUGGCGGGUUCAUCACAGCAGCCCUGACCCAGCUGGUGCCGGUUUCCUGGUCAGCACACACCAUCAUAAUUGAGUUCUACAGUCCACUCAUCCCUUCUGGUCAGAAGAUGGAGAUCGGGGCGGCGCUGUAUUUAGGCUGGGCGGCCGCGGCCCUGCUGCUGAUUGGAGGGUCCAUCCUAUGCUGCAGUUGCCCUCCACAAGAAGACAAACCGGUGAGGUACAGCGUGCACCCUCAGAGUCGUACAGCAUACUCUGCUGCACCGAGGUCAAACGCUCCAAGCUCCUACAACAGGAGGGACUACGUUUCUGUCACCAGACCAAGAGCCAGCAUGUCAAUGGGCAUGGAGAUCGUGGGCAUUGCCCUUGGAGUGAUUGGUUUUAUCAUUGCAAUAGUUACAUGCGCCCUGCCGAUGUGGAGGGUUACGGCCUUCAUCGGAUCCAACAUCAUCACUGCUCAGACCGUCACGGAGGGUUUGUGGAUGAACUGUGUCACCCAGAGCACCGGCCAGAUGCAGUGCAAGAUCUACGACUCGCUGCUGGCCUUGCCUAAGGAGCUGCAGGCCUCCCGAGCAAUGAUGAUCAUCGCCAUCAUACUAGGGGUGCUGGGGGUCCUGAUCUCUAUAGUCGGCGCCAAAUGCACCAACUGCAUUGAAGACGAGCCGUCCAAAGCCAAAGUGAUGAUCAUUGCUGGGAUCUUCUUUGUCCUCGGCGGCCUUCUGGUCCUCAUCCCCGUCUCCUGGACGGCCAGCGUCAUCAUCCAGAAUUUCUACAGCCCCAUCCUGAUCGACCCGCAGAGGAGGGAGCUCGGGGCAUCGCUCUACAUCGGCUGGGGAGCGGCCGCCCUGCUCCUGAUCGGCGGGGCGAUGCUGUGCAGCAGCUGCCCACCAAAAGAGAAGAAGUACAAGCCGCCCCGGAUGGCCUACACCGCACCGCGCAGCACCAGUGCAGGGGGAGGGUACGACAGGAAAGACUAUGUUUGAACGGAAGUGUGAUUUGGAAAGCAAGAUGAAAUCGAGUGUUUUUGUGUG